AUGGCACCUCGCAGGCAAAACCGAAAGUACGACAUUGUCGUCCUGGGCGCCACAGGCUACACUGGCCAAUUGACGGCGGAGCACAUUGCUUCAAACCUCCCAACAAACGUCAAAUGGGCUGUCGCAGGCCGAUCUGAAGCUAAGCUACAGGCUGUAGUUGAAGAUUGCAAGCAAUACAACGCCGACCGAGCCCCACCUGGCAUAGAAAUCGCCGAUAUUGGUGACGAAGAGGGGCUCAAGUCUCUUGCAGUCAAGACCAAAGUAAUGAUCUCGACCGUUGGUCCUUACUGCAAGUAUGGCGAGAAGGUCUUCAAGGUAUGCGCUGAGGCGGGCACUCACUAUUUUGACGUGACUGGCGAGUCUGUCUGGGUGGGCAGCAUGAUCAAAAAGUACGAAGAUGUCGCAAAGAACUCUGGCGCCAUCAUGGUUCCGCAGAUUGGCGUAGAGUCUGCUCCCUCUGAUCUCACUACAUGGCUCCUCGCUGAGCAUGUUCGCGAUGAGCUCGAUGCCGAUACCAAGGAGGUCACCAUUGCUAUUCAUAAGCUUAAGGGAACACCCUCGGGCGGCACUCUUGCUACAGUCCUCGGUCUCUUCGAUGUCUUUUCUCUUUCCGAUAUCCGUGCCGCGUUCUCACCCUUUGCACUGUCGCCAACUCCUCAUACGGAAAAGCCCGAUAGACAGAGCCUACCUCUUGCGCAUGCACUGUUUGGCUCCCACUAUGAUCCGUAUCUCGGCCGCCUGACCAGUUCUCUGGCCGAUUCAACUGACGCUGCCAUUGUGGAACGUACAUGGGGCCUUCUCCCUGAGAUCCCGUCGCGCAGGGCAGAGUUUUACGGCGACAAGUUUGUUUGGAAGCAGUACAUGAGAGUUGACAGCUGGUUCCAGGGCUUCUUUGUCCACUGGGGCUUGUUAUGGGCCUCGGUCGUGCUCGCGUUACUCCCCCCGGUCCGCAGCCUGCUGAAGAGCCUCGUCACCCAGCCUGGUGGUGGUCCCGACCGCCAAGCUAGAUCGAAGGAGCUGCUGGAGUACCGAGGCAUUGCUGUACCUGACGAUGAGGAAACAACGCAGAAGGCUUUUGCCAAGGCACGAUACGAUGGUAGCCCCUACGUCUUGACCGGUAUUCUGCUCGCAGAAGCCGCAGCUACUGUCCUUCAAGAUGAUGUCAAACUUGAUGGCGGUGUCUACACUCCAGCCUGCCUCGGACAGGCCUUUAUCGACCGACUUGACGAUGCUGGAUUCCAUUUCGAGGUCGAGACGGUGGACUGA